AUGGCGGUCAAGUUAGACCAUGCGCAUGUUGCGCGUAAGGCUGAAGAAGCCGAGGUAUCUACAUGCGUCUCUGGCAUUAUAGAAGCCUUCACAAAUGGAUUGGACAUCUUCAAAAAGUUGCGCGAGAGGAGAAGAAAGCGCAGAUCAAAGAGAGAUAACGAAGCGCCUGAUUCAACAAGUACUGCCGAGCACCAACUUUCAAAGAGCUUGCGCAAAGGGCCGGAGGAGGUGGCCGAGAAGUAUACUGAAUGCUACUACAGCGGCAUAGGGCCGCGAUUCGCAAAGGGCGACUCUAUUGCGCAUGCAUCCCUUGCAGAAAUCUUGAUCAAGUUAAACACAGGUCUUGUUGCUAUCAUCGCAGCAUUUCUAAAUCAUGAUGGGCACAAAAGCGGAAAGGGCCACCUAGAUCUAGACUACAAGUCGCUGACCCACCUCUCCGAUGCAUCGCGUCGCGAAGCACUACAAAGCCUUACCCAAUUGUAUCAGCGACUAAGCCAUUCUCAACUCCAGCUGCAUAGCAUUGGCGCUCCACCUUGUCCGCGAUGCGGCACAAGUAAACACCACGAUUGUUCUUCUCGGAGCACCAGCCCUGAGAAAGAGAAGAGAAAGCACUCAAGCUCUUCUCGCCAACGCUCCUCGGGCCCAGUAGUAACGCGCAUGUCCAUCAAGAGUCGGAGCUCGAGUGAACCACGGCUCGUCGUCAUGAGGCCUAAGACAACCCGCAAAGACAGCUCGUCGAAUAAAAAGUCUAGUUCAGUGAAAUCGCCAUCCAACUCAUCACGCAGCUCUUCCCCACUGGCGUCUCCCGAGCCUAAGAAGAUUCAGAUGGCUCCACAGCUACCCUUGUAUGUACCUGUCGAGCCAUUCGAGAUCGAGACAACUGGUGUCAUCAGAGGCACACUAGGUGGCGGUGCAACGAAGACAAGCGGUACUGUCAAACAACGUGUUGACUCCUUCGACGACCCGCGCGAACCGUGGCCUCAAGAAGCUGCCUACACAACUAGCAAAUCGCCCUCCCCAAAGCACCUCAACGAGCCUACCCCCAAGCUCCCUACCUUUGUCCCUACAUCCCGUCGCUCCUCGUCUCCUGCUCACUCCAAACCCUCAGUCUCUUCCAAGCCACCAGUUCCAAACAAGCCCUCCUACCUAUCCCCUCCACCACUACUCGACCAGGCCCCAGCUACCCUUCACUUCCGCCGCCGCUUGGACAAAGCCACACCAUCCAGCUACACCUUUGCUUCUGACAGCACGAGAUUGGGAGAAAUACCACAGAGACAGUGGACCAGGCCCUUCGAUUACGAGGAGGCUGAACGACUUAACGCCGAGGCUGCCCUGACUGGAUACCCGAAUGCGCCAACGGCAGAUGCCAAGGACGCGAAGAAGAAGAAGCGUUUUGGCUUCAUGCGACGAGGUGAUUAA